AUGGCGAAAAGAAUUGUUGUGGUUGGCUUAUCAUAUAUAUUCUUGGGAUUUUCAGUUAUGGGGUUAACACAAGCAUCAGCUAAGGGGGCGGACGCAUCAAUGGAACCUGCACCUGGUACUCUUAAAGUUUCAUUUUUGUCAUCGUCUAUUAUUCCCGUCUUCAGGAAAGCCCGGGUGGACCCAACGCUGGACCUUGGGGAAUCCCAGCUCCUGGACUCGUCGGCCGCUCGCCACAAGGCUGCUGUCCGGCCCAAAAAGAACCAUCCCAAGACCAGACCUAAUGGGACCAAAGAACCUGACGAAAGAUGGCUGGUGCGCGUGGUGGAAGACGUGCAGGCGGGCGAGCUGCGCACGCGCACGGGGCUCGUGCCCGCGCGCCUGCUCGCCGAACAGAAGGCCAAGGAGCAAGACCAAACAGCUCUCGCGGCUAGGAGGCAGGCCGUGGUCCGCGAACUAAUCGAGACAGAGGAAGAGUUCGGACGCGACAUGCUGCAGGUGGUCUCCCGCUACAUGAAGCCGGCGGACAAGAGCUGCACGCCCAAGCCAGUGUUCGACAAUCGAGAGCUGCUGUUCUCCAACUUCAGACAGAUCUGCGAGUUCCAUAACACGAUGUUGCUGGAAGGCAUAAAAUAUUACGCAUCGGAGCCCCGUAUGCUGGGCCGCGCCCUUCUACGCAUGGAGCGCGAAUUUGACAAACAUGUGGCGUACUGUCGCGACGAACCGCGAGCACAACACUUACUAGCCACGGACCCAGUCGUCAACAAAUACUUCCAGGACUUGGCUGAUAAUCUCGGCGACGAUAAAGGCAUCACCGAGCAUUUGAAACUACCCAUACAACGGAUUAACGACUACCAACUACUUCUCAAGGAACUGGUGAAGUAUUCCAAACGUCUAGGCGACGACUGCACAGACCUCCAGAAGGCGUUGGACCUCUUCCUCUCCGUGCCAAACCGUUCCACAGACAAUAAAUUCAUUGCGAGCAUCGAAGGCUACCGGGGGAACAUCUACAAGUUAGGGCGUUUGCUCACCCACGACUGGUUCACUGUCACCGACGAGGAAGGGAAAACAAAGGAGAGAUAUCUCUUUCUCUUUAAGGCUAGGAUCCUCAUUUGUAAAGUCAAGAGGGUCUCCGAAGACCGGUCCGUCUUUGUUCUCAAAGAUAUCAUCAAGCUCCCAGAGGUUGAGGCCAAGGACCAUCCUGGCGAUCCAUUGAGGUUCGACUUACAUCAGAAAAAUCCACCAUUGAGCAUUACCCUCGCAGCUCACAAAGAAACUGUAAAGACCAACUGGCUCGCAGAAAUUAAAUUAAAUGCCAGUGACGUUGUUGCUUUAGCUGAACACGCUGCAGACGAUCUCCAAGUAGUCUCACCACAACGUGUUGUCUCUCCUGAACCUCAAGGAGAUAAAAAGAAGAAGAGGGAACACGAAGCUGAACAAGAGGUUCAAGAAAAACGAUCACGUGUCGAGGAAUCUGAAGUUGCCCAAGUAACUUCAAAAGAAGAAAUACAGCAGUCGACUACUAAGAGAAAAGCUUCCACAGAAACUGAGGUAGCGACUAAAAUAUCCAAAUCGGAAAUCACAGAAGUUUCAUCGGUCAGUGAAACCCAAACAUCGGCUGUUAUUAGUAGUGUCAAAAGUGAAGUUACAUCGAGUGUAGAAUCAAAGACAUCUGUAACAGUUGAAAAUUCAAAAAUUUCCGAAAGCCCUCAGUCUGCAUCGCAAUCUACACAACAGACCGUUAUAGCUGCAGCUUUGAUUGACAAAAAAGAAGCUAUAUCAUCUGCUACAGUUGUAUCGGCAGUAGCUCAAGAAGACAAAAAGUCAUCUGAGACCUUAUCAGUCACAGAAAAGGCGGUGGUUGAUCAGAAAACACAGAAAACAUCUGAACAAGAAUCUAAAUCAACAUCUGUUGAACAAAGCUUACAAGCUUCAACCGUAGAACAGAGAUCAACAGCUGAAUCUAUCCAAAAAAAAUCAUCAUCGAUCAAACAAGCUGAAGCUACUCAACAAGCUACUACUGAAACAAAAUCAGCUGUUCAAGAAACUGUAAGCCAAGAGUGUGCCCAGCAGGUGAAAGUCGCUGAAGCGGCAACAGUAGAAAAACAGAUUAAACAAACUGUUACUCAAAAAGCACAAGAGACUUCUCAAACUACAGAAGUAGCCGCCAAGUCAGCCAGCGUACAAGAGACAUCAAUUUCACAAAAAACUCAACAAUCGUCAGUUGACCAGCAGAGUGCGUUAGUUACAUCGUCAGAGAGUGUUGUACAAUCUAGCUUGGAAGCAAAGAAGGUCGUCAGCUCAGCUGGCGGGGAUUCUACAACAAGUGUUGCCGCCAAAAGUCAAACUGUAACCGCCGAGCAAUACGCCGACGAAGAGAUGUCAAGGUAUAGUCGCAGUUCGCGACUCUCUGGAGAAUACUCCAGUAGUCGAAAGUUAUCAAGCUAUGAGUCAUCAUCAUCAAAUUAUGAUAGUUCCGGGGUAUCCUCUUACUCCCGCCGUGAGAGCGGCUCCCGUGUAGAAGGUUCGAAGUAUGAAAUCGGAGGCACCGAAGGAAGCGCUCUUUCCCGCAUCGAAUCUAAAUACUCUAGUGCUAGAGGUGGUAUUGAAUCUAGCAGCGACUCAAGCUACAACACCGCUAGCAAACUCGAUAGCAUUGCGUCGAAAUACGGAAUCGAAUCCAACUACGAAGCUUCGAGUAAAAUCGAUAGCAUCGCGUCCAAGUAUGGUAUCGAAUCUUCCAACAAUGAAGCUAAAAUAGAAGGUCGCAGCUCCAAGUACAGUCUCGAGACUAGCCUUGAUGGUGACAAAGGAUUUUCAUCCAAGUCCGAGUCUCGAUAUGAAAGCAUCAAAGACGGCAAUUACUCUUCGGAGAGUCAGUAUUCCAAAACCGCUGUUGCUAACGGUUCUGUGAGCAACACAGAUUACCAAUCGAUGAGGUCUAUUUCUAAAUCGGCGUCUCAAGAUGGCAGGCCCGUUUUCACGAAAACCUUGGAAGGCCAAAACAUUGAGCCGGGUGAAAACGCCGUGUUCGAAUGUGCUCUCCGCGAGUCCACGGAUUCCGUUAAAGUGACCUGGCUGAAGGACAAUAAGCCGCUUACGGACAGGCUUAUGGACCGCGUCGCCAUUUCUACCGAGACCGGACACCAUAAGUUGGAACUUAUGCAUUGCCGCGAAGACGAUUCUGGAUUGUACACCGCAAGGGCUGAAAAUGUUAAAGGGAACACCCAUUGCACGGCUCAGUUAGUCGUCCACGAGUUGACUGCAGAAGAGAGGAGAGAAAGAAACGCAUUGAACGCACCUUAUUUUUUGGUGGCGUUAAAAGAUACUGAAAUCCUGGAAAACACUUACUUGCGUUUCAUGGUAAAAGUCAAAGGCGAUCCCAACCCUGAUGUGAAAUUCUUCCGCGACGGUAAAGAGAUAGUGAGCUCGUCGGACACCGACCGUGUUUCCAUCAUAAGGACGCGCUCAGACAAGGGCUGCUAUGAACUGGUAAUCGCCGACGUCAACCAAUCAGAUGCCGGCAUCUACUCCUGCAAGGCCAUCAACAUAUACGGUGACGUCAGCUCUGAAGCUAAAGUCACUGUAGUAGAUGACAAGAACAUCUUCUUCGAGUUGGCACCUGGAGGUGAAGGCCUUUUGGCCAAGGGUGAGAAGCCGUCGUUCUCUUGGAAACGGGAUGGACAGCCGUUUGACCCCGAGGAAAGGUUUAAGGUUCUGUUGGGUGACGAUGAGGACUCCUUAGCGCUGGUCUUCCAACACGUGAAGCCCGAAGAUGCUGGGCUCUAUACCUGUGUCGCUAAAACCAGCACCGGGAACAUUUCCUGCUCCGCUGAGCUUACCGUGCAAGGCGCGGUAAAUGAACUCCAUCGCGAGCCGGAGAAGCCCCGCCUCGUAAUCGAGCACCGCGAGGCGAUCGUAUCGGCCGGCGCUUCGGCUAUGCUCGAGUUACAGUGCAAAGGAUACCCAAAACCUUCAAUCGUGUUCAAGCAUGACGGCAAAAUUAUUGAGGCAGAUACAAGGCACAAGUUCCUAUACGAAGACGACGAGAGUAUGUCGUUGGUAAUCAAGAACGUAAGCGCCGCAGAUGCUGGUAUAUACCACGUGACCGCUUCCAACGAACUCGGAGAAGACUCCACCACGAUGCAGCUUAUAGUUAAAGCCGCGCCCAAGAUCAAGAAGAAGGUCGAGAACCAAACUUGCAUGGCCGGCUCAACUCACACGGUGACCAUAGAGAUUGAAGGCACUCCCGCGCCCGAAGUACAAUUCUAUAAAGACGGCGUAGAGAUCAAGAGCUCGGAUCGCGUACAAAUCGUAAAGGAAUCAGACGAGGUGUACAAGAUCAUCAUUAAAGAUGCCAAGCUUACUGACACCGGAUCGUAUUCGAUCGUCGUCAAGAACGAAGUGAACCAGUGCUCGGAGUUCUGGCAAUGGCAAGUGACGUCACCGCCUCGCAUCACCAAGAAACUUGGCGAUUCAAUCGUCUGCAGCGAGAAAGAGACAGUCACCUUCCAGAUAGAGACAGAGGCUGAGCCCGCGCCUACUGUUAAAUGGUUCAAGAACAAGACAGAGCUGGUAGAGUCUUCCUCCGUGAAGAUCAGCGAGUCUGGCAAGGCUCACUCUUUAGUGAUUACAUCGGCUGCGCGCGCAGACGCUGGCGAAUAUUCGUGCGAGAUCCGCAACAUCCACGGUUCUGCGUCUGAUUCGUGCAAACUAAACGUUCGCGGCGCUCCGAUGUUUACCAAGAAAUUGACAGAUAUGACCGCUAACGAAGGAGACGUCAACGUUGAAUUCACAGUCAACGUAGAAGCCUACCCCGAGCCCAGUGUGAGAUGGUACUUGGGCGACGUCGAAAUAACUGAGAAAAAGUCAGUAUUUAGCCGCGUAGACAGCGGAUCUACUCACAAACUGAUCCUGAAGGAAGUGUCUGCUGAAUACUCCGGCCAAUACUCGUGCCGCGUCGCCAACGAACUAGGAUCUGACCAGUGUCAUGCCACCUUCACUGUUAACAGGAAGCCUCGUUUCACCAAGAGUCUUGUAGACAUGACGGUAGAUGCCGGCACCACCCUGAAGAUGGAGGUGGAAGUGGAAGGUUGCCCAGAACCCAGGGUCCGGUGGUUCAAGGACGGCAGGGAAAUGACCACCGACGCCAGAAUCAAGAUCGAGAGAGAUACCAAGAGAUUGGAAAAUUACCACCUUACCGUAAAUUUGGUGAAAGAAGAAGACGGCGGUGAAUAUGAGGUCAGGGCCGAAAACGAAAUGGGAAGCGUCUCAUCUAAGAGCACCGUCACCGUACACACGAGAGAAGUACAUUCGAGAUUAAAGAAGGAGACUCUUGUCGAAAAUGAACUCGAAGACGAAAGCAAAGCUAUAAAACAAGCUAUCGAAGAACCUGUGGACAGUGGCGAAAAGAAAAAAGCUGACAAAGGAAAAACGCAGCCAGAGGAAGCCGAAGAAAAGUCAUUUUGGGAUGACAUCAACGAAGAUAGUGUUAAAAAAGUCACCGUCGAUGACGUAGAUACUCCAACUCCAGGAAAGGCAAACAAAUCCGUGACUGAACCCGAAGUUGCUGAAGAGAAAUCGAUUUGGGAUGACGUUGAUGAUGACGGGCAACCUAAAAAACUUAAGGUCGACGAUGUUGACAAAUCAACUCAAAACAAAGGUAGAAAAUCUGUAACAGAACCAGAAGUCGCUGAGGAAAAAUCAUUUUGGGAUGAGAAUCACAAUGAACAGAAUAAGAAACCAGUAAUAGAGGAGAUCAGUACUGAUAAACAAGCGGGCAAGAAGUCGAUUACAGAGCCUGAAAUCAUCGAAGAAGUCACAGCACCUGAAGAACUUUCGUCUUCUAAACGUAAAUCAAUUAAAAAAGCUGCCCUCAAAGAAGAGCCUUUGAGUGCUGAAAUCGAAGGCCGAGUUUUCGAAACAGUAACCACGUUCAAGACAGGCGAUGACGGCUCCAUUAUUAUGUCUAAAUUCAGCAGCACAAAGUCUCACGGCGCUAUUAUAACAGGUCCGGCCGAAACGCGCACGUUACACAAAAUGACAUCCUCUGCCGUUUAUUAUGAUGAUGAUGAUGAAUUCGAUGGCAGGAAAAUAAUACACCCUACUAAACCACAUACUACUUCUUUAGAGGUAGAGGAAAUUGCCAGUCAUAGCUAUUUCUUGUCUGACUUGGGGUCCUACACAAUACCCGAUCAUGUGAGGAGGGGCACAUAUGGUAUUAUAGAAGAACCGCUAACAGAUUCGGAAGCUGAAAAUAAUUCAAGGUCUGGAAGACAGUAUUCCAAUAGAACAAUAUCGAUAAUGUCUAUGUCAGAAGACGAGAUGAGUUGGCACAACGAACCACUCUCAUCUAGAGAAAUUUCAAUUGAGGACCUCUCGAAAUCUAUAUUCGACAUUGAUGACACCAAAAAAGUUUAUAGUAAAGAUUCGUAUGUCCGAUCAUCUUCUUUCAAAGAAGACUAUUUCACUGAUGGGGGAGAAGAAGAAUCUUACAUAUACAAAGAAAAAAAUCAUCAAGUAUACGAGAAUGAUAUCACAGAUAGACUUAUAAACAUUUCGAAAGAAUUUGACGAAUACGAAAUCAAAUCUGUAGAUAAUAAGAUCGACGAUGUUAAAAAUCGUAUAAUGGAAGAAUUUGUACUGGGGCCUAUGAAAAAUAUUGAAAAUAUCACGAAAAAUGUCACUGAAUCUACUGUGGAAAGGAGAAAGAAAAUAGAUUCGAAAUUAUUUAGCGUGGUGGAGGAAGAAAAUGACGAUGAAUUAGAAGCCCUACUAAAACGAAGCCAAAGGCAGAGGAGCAUACUCGAUGAUAUCAUUAAUCAAGAAGAAGAAAAAGCACCCCCCAAACUCGGCGAGAGUAAUAUGAAAGACGGCAGUGCGGUCGAAGGACUGCCUCUAGUGUACACAGUGCAAGCUUCAGGCCAUCCCAAGCCUGCGGUCCGUUGGCUGCUCAACGGCAAGGAAAUGAAACCCAGCGGCAGAAUACAAAUUUCAAACGAUGGUGAACUUUAUAAGCUGGUAGUCGAGAAAGUAGACUUGAAGGAUGCCGGCAAAUGGCAGUGCGAAGUCAGCAAUGAUCUCGGCAAACAAGUGCUACAAGCUGAACUCUCUGUGACACCGGCGAGCGAUUACCGCAAGCCAAUGUUCACUUCGCCACUGGAGGCUCAACGCGUGAUGCAGCGCGAACCCGUGACCCUUCGAGCCGUGUGCACCGCUGAUCCACUGCCCCACGUGGCAUGGUUGCUUAACGGCGUAGAGAUCAAACCGAGUGCCGCAAUCAUUCCCAAUAUGGAGUCCACACCCAUUGAACAUGGAUUGAACGAAUGCGUAUUCACACUUACCAUUCCGUCAGGUCGCCAUACCGAUACUGGCAUGUACACAAUUCAAGCCAAGAAUGAGUAUGGAGUAGGCGAGAGUUCUGCGAGACUAGAUAUACUGCUGCGACCAGAAUUGGAAGGGCUUCAUGACGUCACCGCUGUGCCUUUCGAAGAAACCACCUUCGUGUGCAACAUGCGAGCCAAUCCUGUCGCUGAGGUCAAAUGGAGCAAGGAUGGCUUCGUGAUCCAGCCAUCGCCUCGCCACGAGAUAAUAGAGGACGUUCCUGCGGAGACCUACAAACUGGUCGUGAAGGAUGUCAGCGUGGAAGACGCUGGGCUUUAUACUGUCACCGCUACCAAUGAGAUCGGCGAGGCGUCUAUGCAAGCCCGCCUGUCAAUUCAUACCGGCGAACCAGUGUUCACGAAACCACUUCAAAAAGAAACCGUGAAAGACUACGAAGACGUCGUAUUACGCGUGCGUUGCGACGGCAUUCCCAAGCCUCAAGUACUGUGGUACCGCGACGGGAAACAGAUUGAGAACGAUGACCGCCAUACUAUAACUACUCAAGUCGGCGGUCAGGUGGACAGUGAACUCGCUAUCAAACACUUCAACUCCAGCGACGCUGGCAAGUACAAAGUACGUGCGGUGAGUCUAGCGGGUGAAGCGGUGUGUGAAGCAGAAAUAUCUCUUGCACGAGGAACGCCGGGAUUCGCUCACAAACUGGAGCGACAGAAAGACGUAGACGAAGGAGAACCGCUCGAACUAAAGGCCAAACUCGAUGGGAGCCCGCUUCCGAAGGCCACAUGGUACAAAGACGGUGUAGAACUACCUUCAAACGACUCGCGCAUCAUACAGACCGCCCUACCCGACGGCACGGUGAAGCUGAGCAUCGAACGCGCGACCCCUGCCGACUGCGGCGCCUACAAGCUGGUCAUCUCCAAUCCGCACGGAGAAUCCUCCGCCUUGUGCGCAGUCGCUGUUAAUCCAACGCCCCGUAAACCAUCCUUCAGCCAGGAGUUGGAAGACACGAAGGCGGUGAUAGGCCAGCCGCUCAAAUUGGAGGCGCGAGUGAUGGCCUACCCCGCGCCCGAGGUCAAGUGGUUCAAAGACGGUCUUCCGAUCCGUCCGUCGCAAGCGGUGAACUUCAUCAACCAGCCGGGCGGGGUCGUCGGCCUGAGCUUAGACGCGGCGCGCCCUGAAGACGCUGGCGUCUACGAACUAACUGUGGCCAAUAAGCUGGGCCAGGUAUCGUCUAAAGCCAAGGUCGAGGUCACGCAGAAGGAACGCAAGCCUGCCUUCCUCGCAGAAUUGAUGCCGGCAACUGUCAUCGAGGGAUUCCCCGCGCGACUCGAGGUCAAGCUGCUGGGACAUCCCCCGCCUUUGGUUAAAUGGACUCACAACGGCAAGGAGAUAGUGCCGGACGGCACCCACAUCCGGCUAGUUUCCCAACCGGACGGCACUCACGCGCUACUCAUAGACAAGGCGGGCGCAGCUGACGCCGGGAAGUAUUCCGUCAUCGCGACCAACGACAAGGGAGAAGCCACUUCCACUGCCGACCUUAAUGUUGCCAAACGCGCGGACGAGACUUCGCCCCAAGAACGACCACGUUUAAUCCACGGAUUACGCGAAACUACGGCCGAAGAAGGUCAAACUCUGACCCUUUCCGCGCCUAUAGUAGGCAACCCUGUACCCGACGUUAUAUGGACCAAGGACGGACAGCCAUUAACACCCAGCGAUCGGGUACUGCUCACCUGUGACGGUAAAAGGGUGGGCUUAGAGAUCAGCCCUGUGGAACUCCCCGACGCGGGCGUAUACGGUGUGAAGUUAGUCAACCCUCUGGGAGAAGAUUCUUCGGAAGGACCCGUACACGUACGAAAAGUUUAUUCGCCACCUACCUUCUCGCAGAAAUUCACCGACUUGCAGCAGUUGCCGACUUUCGACGCGAAAUUCCCAGCUCGAGUACUCGGUGUCCCAUCUCCUGAUAUCACGUGGUAUAAGGACGGUGUCCCACUUCGCCAUACUGACAAAUACAACAUCAAGCGGGACGGAGACGCUUGUUGUUUGUACGUUCGUGAUUUGACGCCCGAAGACGCGGGACAAUACAAGUGUGUUGCUAAGAAUAGAGAAGGAGAAGCUUCUUGUGAGGCAGCUUUGGAUGUCGUCGAUAAGAUUGCAAGGAAACAGAGGAUAGAACCACCAUCGUUCCUUAAGAAGAUCGGUGACACGGAAGUGCUACGCGGCAUGAGUGCCAAGUUCACCGCCUGCGCUACUGGCAGCCCCGAACCAGACGUCGAGUGGUACCGCAACGGCGACCGUCUGUUCCCUUGCGAGCGUAUCCGCAUGGACAAGGAAACGACGGGAUUGCUACGGAUGACAAUUAGCGGCGUGGACCAAAGCGACGUCGGCACUUACUCCUGUCGCAUUUACAACCCACACGGCGAAGAUACUUGCAGUGCUCAACUUACAUACGACACUCUGGAACCUCCAACGCAGAGGAAACCGCUAGCGGAUCAGUACUCGGACUUCGAUAAAAUGAAGAAGACCGGGAUACCGAUGCCGCUGGCAGAUAAGCCAAUCAUAUCGCGGAUGACGGAUAGGCAUCUGACACUAUCCUGGAGGCCUUCUAUUCCACAUGGACCACGCUUCCCUGUCACCUACCAGGUGGAGAUGUGCGAAGUGCCCGACGGUGAUUGGUUCACAGCGCGCACAGGAUUACGUUCUUGCGCUUGCGACAUUCGCAACCUUCAACCUUUCCGCGACUACCGAUUCCGAGUGCGGGUAGAAAACAAAUACGGGGUCAGCGACCCCUCGCCGUACGCGCAAACCCAUCGUGCGAAACUAGAACCGGAUCCACCGAAAUUCGUGCCUUACUUGGAACCAGGCAUCGACUUCCGGCCAGAAACUUCCCCGUACUUCCCGAAAGACUUUGAUAUAGAAAGACCACCUCAUGACAACUACGCUCAAGCGCCAAAGUUCUUACGCCAAGAAUACGACUCUCAGUACGGCGUCAAAGGGCACAAUGUGAACUUAUUCUGGUUCGUCUACGGAUACCCUAAGCCGAAGAUGACGUACUUCUUCAACGAUGAACCUAUAGAGAUCGGCGGCAGAUACGAUUGGAGUUAUACGAGGAACGGACAGGCUACUCUGUUCAUCAACAAGAUGUUGGAACGCGACGCUGGAUGGUAUGAAGCCGUAGCUACCAAUGAGCACGGCCAAGCCCGUCAGAGAGUGCGGCUAGAACUGGCAGAAUAUCCUACCUUCAUACGCCGCCCUGAGGAAACCGUCGCCUUGCAGAGAAGAACUGUGAGAAUGGAAGCCAGGGUCACUGGAGUGCCUUAUCCGGACAUCAAAUGGUACCGGGAUUGGCAGCCUUUAGCACCCAGCGCUAGGGUCAAGAUCCAGUUCAUCGAGCCUGACACCACUGUGCUGACGAUCCACGACGUAAUCCUGAAGGACGAAGGUCUAUACUCGGUGUCAGCACGGAACGUAGCCGGUGCUGUCAGCUCAUCCGCCAUGCUUCACGUAGAGGAAGAUGAACACCAGUAUUCUGACAGGAUUCGCGAGCACCCGCCCCGCGUGAAGCCGAGCACGAAGCCGUUCGGCGAUUUCUACGAUCUCGGCGACGAACUGGGACGUGGUGUGCAGGGCGUCGUCUACCACGCGGCUGAGCGGCUGUCCGGCCGCAACUACGCCGCCAAGAUAAUGCACGGCCACUCGGCACUGAAGCCGUUCAUGAAGAACGAAUUGGACAUUAUGAACUUGCUCAACCACCGCAACUUGGUCCGUUUACACGACGCCUAUGAGCACGAUCAUACCGUAGCCCUAGUCACAGAGUUGGCUGCAGGCGGAGAAUUGGUUAGAGACCGUUUGCUAAGAGGACCGGGUUAUACUGAGAGAGAUAUAGCCGGAUAUAUCAGACAGCUGCUGAGAGGUUUGCAGUACAUGCAUGAGAAUAGCGUCGCACAUUUGGGACUCACGAUCGGUGAACUCCUCCUGUCCCACGCUGGCAGCGACGAGCUGAAGAUAUGCGACUUUGGCCUCUCCCGCCGCAUCCAAUUCAAUAAGCACGCGGCUUUGGAUUACGGAAUGCCUGAAUUCGUAGCCCCGGAAGUGGCAUCAGGUGAAGGAGUUUCUUACGCCGCCGAUAUGUGGAGUGUGGGCAUCAUCACCUAUAUCCUGCUCAGUGGACACUCGCCUUUCAGAGGCGCUAAUGACAGGGAGACCCUCACCAAGAUUAGGGAAGGAAAGUGGGAAUGGCACGACGAGGAGUGGUGGUCUCGCCUAAGCCGCGAGAGUCGGGACUUUAUCACCAAACUCUUGAAAUUCAACUGGCACGAACGUAUGGAAGUAAAGCAGGCGUUGGAGCACCCCUGGCUCAACCUCGCCGACAAGAUCUACCAAGAAGAGUACCAGAUAACUACUGACCGACUGCGCAAUUACUACAACCUUUACAGGGAUUGGACGGCGAACGCGCAAUGCCGCACGUGGUUCCGGCGCCGGCCGCUGAGCGGCGCCUUCGACCACCCCUCCAAGAUGGUCUACCCGCCUGGAGAGAUCUAUACACCUGAAGGCACGCCGGAAAGGGACAGAGGGUCACACGACCGCACAUCCGCACCGUUCGACCUCAACUUCAAGCAGUGGGAACACCCCGACUGGGAAGUCUCCGCCAAGUCUGAGAGCCACUACCAGAACGGGCCUGAUACGUAUCUACUGCAGCUGCGGGAUGUACAAUUCCCGGUGCGACUCCGCGAAUACAUGAAAGUGGCUUGCAUUCGCUCACCAGGGUACAGUCUCUCUGUACAUGACACGUACGAUCCGAGGACCCCGAUCAUUCGCGAGCGUCGUCGCUUCACCGACAUAAUGGACGAGGAAAUAGACGACGAACGCCGUGACCGCAUCAACAAUUACGGCACAGAAUCCUACACUAUCAGACGCUUACGUCACGAACUCGGCACUAGACUUGACUCGUACGCAGAAGCCCAAGCUUUUAUGGAGUCUAAGAAAGACGGGCAGCUGCCUUUCUUCCGCGAGAAACCCCAACUUUUACCAAUCAGAGAAGGCGAGCCCGGCCAACUGUCCUGCUUGGCCGUCGGAGACCCCAAACCUUCGGUCCAAUGGUUCAAAAAUGACAUGGUUCUUGCCGAAGGACAGCGCGUGAAAAUAACAGAAGACGAAGAAGGCCGCUCCACUCUUAGUUUCAACCCCUCCAUGCACCACGACGUCGGAUACUACAAAGUGGUCGCCCGCAACAAAGUCGGACAAACUGUAGCCCGAACGAGAAUAGUGGAAGCCACGACCCCAGACUCUCCUGAUAGCCCCGUCGCUGCAGAAGUAUCAGAUACUGAAGUUUUACUGCGGUGGAAGCAGCCGAAAUAUGAUGGAAACUCUCCCGUUGUUUGCUACGGCCUCCAAUAUAAAGAAGGCGAUAGUGUAGAAUGGAAGAGCGUCGCCGAUAAUAUUGAUCACGAAUUCUUCGUGGUAAGAAACUUGAAACCCGAUACCAGCUACCAGUUCAGACUAUCUUCAAGGAAUAGGAUCGGAUGGAGCGACAAAGGCAUACCCACGCAGCUUGUGAAAACUAAAACUUCUGGAGCGCCGAAAAUAGAAGUGACCAAAGCGAUGAAACACUUGCAGCAGAUCACCGAGUCUGGCCAAGAAGUGGUUCUCGAAGAGGAGAGGCCGAAGCUCAACUACGCCAUCGAGGAGAACCCCAUCGAAUGGGAUUCGACGGACGCGUUUACUGAACGCUACAGCUUCAUAUCGGAACUGUGGCGCGGCAAGUUCUCCAUCGUCAUCAAGGGGGUGGACAAGCGGAACGACAACGUGGUCGUGGCGAAGAUUCUGGAAAUGCGACCCGACACUGAAGUUCAGAUUCAAAGGGAGUUCGAAUGCUUGAGACGGCUAAGGCACGAGAGGAUAUCGAAUUUGUUGGCCGCCUACCAAGCUCCUGGCUCCCCUGUUGCCGCUCUUAUACUAGAGAAACUCCAAGGAGCGGAUAUCCUCACAUAUUUGUCCAGCAGACACGAUUACACCGAACAAAUGGUAGUGACAAUUGUCGAGCAGAUCCUAGACGGUCUUCAGUACUUGCAUUGGCGCGGUUACUGCCAUUUAGACUUGCAGCCUGAUAACGUAGUGAUGGCGUCUGUGAGGUCGAUUCAAGUCAAACUGAUAGACUUCGGGUCAGCCCAUAAAGUCACCAAGCUCGGAACGAGUGUGCCUCAGGUCGGCGAACUGGAAUACAAAGCACCUGAAAUAAUAAACGACGAGCCGGCUUACCCUCAAACGGACAUCUGGUCCGUGGGUGUUCUCGCAUACAUUAUGCUGUCUGGUGUGUCGCCGUUCCGAGGCCAAGACGACCAGGAGACGAAGCAGAACAUCUCCUUCGUGCGGUACCGAUUCGAGCACUUGUACAAGGAGAUCACGCAGGAAGCGACCCGUUUCCUGAUGUUCCUAUUCAAGAAAGUCCCACUGAAGAGACCUUCAGCCGAGGAGUGCUACGAUCACCGCUGGCUCACGCAUAGCGACUUCAUGAUCAGAAAGAGGGAAAGGGCCGUAUUCCUCGGCAAUAGGCUCAAGGAAUUCUCCGAAGAGUAUCACGAAAAGAAAUCCCGCGAGGCGUCACAAGCGGACACGGUAUCUGCAGCGUUCGGGAAAGUGUCCCCGAGGCACAUCACUCGCUCCAAUAGCAUCCAAGAAGAACUGCUCACCAACUUCUCUAGCCAAUAA